AUGGCACGACCGUUGGAAAAAAUCGCUGAUGUUAACGAUGAAAAGGAACUUUGGAAAGUUGAUGUUAAAAUACAUCACAAAUGGAGUGUCAUCUCUAACAACAAGGAACAUUUUGAGAUGGUUGUUUAUGAUUCUGAGUAUAUUUUGUUUUGGAAGGUUAAGAUUGGGUUGUUGGGAGGUGUUAAUGACGAAGAUUUUGGAAGUGAUAUCCAUGUUAUCGUACCUCCCGUGUAUAGGCAGAGUUUUGAUUCGCUCUUUGUUGUUAAUGAUACUUACACUAUUGCAAACUUCCAAGUUCAGCUGAAUGAUCUGCUAUUCAAACCUUCUGCUCACAAGUACCUCCUUAAAUUUACUGGUGGGACCAAAGUUGGGGACAGAAACGUGCAUCAGAUUCAGGAAAAGGCUUGGAGACUCACUCCUUUUCUUGAUAUUUUAACUGGGAAAUGGAAUAAAGAUCAACUUUUAGAUGUUAUCGGAGUGGUUGAUGAAAUUGGGUACACACAGGCCCAGGUUGGAAGUAAAAAGCAACAGGUCAACUUUGUCAUUCGCGACUUGAGGUUGAAAUUUAUCAACUACGUUGAACGGCAGGUCGAUACUGCCAUUCCGGCUGUGAUUCUGAUUCAAUAUGCAAAAGUCAAAGAAGCUUUUGGCAAAUAUGCACUAUCUGUUACCAAUACUUACAAUGUCACCAAAGUGGCUAUUAAUGAAGACAUGGAGACUAUCAAACAAUUUGCCAAAAUGCUUACACAGGAUACUAUAAUGACUACUUUUUGUGCUACGGUUGCUACAAUUACAAAAAUCUUUGCCUCAAAAUAUGGCUGGUACUACCAGGCAUGCCAUGAAUGCCCAAAUAAAGUCACCGGUGAUAAACCUCCCUACAAGUGUGUAAAGGGACAUGACACUGAAACUCCCAUAUUCAGGUAUAAAAUAGAGGUGGGUGUUCUUCAUGCUGGUACAAAAUGCAAGUUUGUUUUGUGGGACAAGGAAAGUGAGGAACUAUUGGAGGUGUCGGCUGCUCAUUUGCGCGAAACAAUGUUUCAGGCUGGAAUAUUUAAUCCCCUCGAUUUCCCGCUGGCACUUGACAAGCUCCUGGAUCAGGAACUUGCCUUCAAAGUCAAGUGGCAACCAGAUUGGUCUAAUUGCUCUGUCAUCAUGUUGGUGAAAGAUAAACCUAUAGUGGAUCAACUAAAAGCUGAAUGGGUGGAUGCAACUGCAGUUAGUUCACAACAGCUUAACGCCCCUGUCAACCAUGUCAAGGAGAGUGUUGAUGAGGAUGUUCCUGUUGAUGAUUCCGACAUUGUUACGGAUCCUGAAAUUACUUCCAAAUUGCACGGUGAACCGGUCACACCUACGGCAAAUAGACAGAACCCGGAUCCAUCCAUUGAAUUUACAAGUCAUGCAACACACAGCGAAGGAGAUUUGUCUUCGACUAAACUUAAGAAAUCAACCAGGAUCACUAGGAAAUUAGUGAAGAUUGAAAAAUAG